AUGUCCGAAGUGACUUCACGGACGUCCGCCUCGCGCGGCAGAGGCUCCGGCCGUGGUGGUAGAGGAGGUUUCGCCGGUCGAGGCGGCCGUAGACCCAAUGGCGACAAGGCCGACCACAAAGCCGACGACUCGCUGGCUGCAUUUGAAGACGAAGGCGACUUUGGCGAGCUUCGAAAGCAAUAUGGCGACAAGACAUCGGUAAUCCGCGAGAUGUUCCCUGACUGGUCCGAGGCCGAUGUCCUAUUCGCCCUCCAGGAGACCAACGGCGACGAGAACGAAGCCGUCACUCGCAUCGCUGAGGGUACCAUUUCGCAAUGGGGCGAGGUCUCAAAGCCCAAGAAGGCUUCCCGAGCCAAGGCCAAGGAGCAAGCUCCUGCGCCUUCGAACGACGCGACGUCUACCGGUCCUCGAGCCGCCCGCGGCGGUCGUGCUGUAUCUGAGGGACGCGGCCGAGGUCGAGCUACGGAUCGAGGGGGUCGCAGCACUCGCGGCCGAUCUGCCCAUGCUGCUCCUACCAACGGCGCCCGAACCAAGGAGAACCAGCAAUUGUCUAUCCCCACAGAGGAGUCAUCUGCUUGGGGCAGUAACGAACCCAAGGGUGAUGUCCCAGAGGAGAAGGAAGUUCUGUCUGAGAAGCCCACACCCUCUGCGAAUGUCGAGGCCCCGAAGCCUGCCGCUCCUCCGGUCAAGACAUGGGCGAGCAUGUUGCGACAGUCGACCGUUCCCAAGGCCCCGCCCAAGCCAAAGGAAGCUCCUGCACCUAAGCCCGCCCCCGAACCUAUUGAACCUGAAUCUGUUCCCGAACCUGUCGAACCCGAGCCUGAGCCUGAGGUCGCCCCCGAACCCGAGCCCGCACCUGCCCCUGCUGUUGCCGAGCCUGACGAAACCACCCCCGUUGCCGAUACCGUUCCUCCCUCCGAAGUUCCUCACGUCGUAGAGCCCGAGGUGGCUCUACCCCCCUCCAAGGACGAGCUCACCGAAACAAAUCUUGAACAGGUUGUUGACGACUCUAAGCCACCUCCAACUGGUACCGCCGCAAGCACCGCCGCUGACUCUUGGGACCCUCGACAGAACCCUGCCAGUGUUACUGCUACACCUCUCUCGGCUGCUCAACAGCAGCAUAUUCCCCCUCGACCUGAUGCCAGCGGUUUUGCCGCCACUGCCGCCAAGGCCACCGCUGAACGAACCACCCGUACUCCUAGCCAUCAUCAUCACCACCAACGACGUGUGCUUGACCAGGAGGAAGCUGUGCGCAUGCCUGGCAACCGUGAGGUUGACCGCGCCGCUGUCCAAUUUGGAGCUUUCAACUUGGCCGAUGCCGAUGAAGACAUUGAUGGCGACCGAGAGGAGCCCGAGACUCGGGCUCAACCCCCCGCCGAUUCCCCUGUUGCUCACCCUCGCACCUCCCUUCCUCCUGCUACUCAGGCUGCUGUCCCCGAAGCUUUCGCUCAGAAGCCUGCUUCUACUGUCACCCCCAUUGCCGCCCCGACUGCACCCGCUUCGCAGACUCAGGCUCCGGCUCAGGCCCAGGUACCUGGCCAGGCCCCCGCCGCUAACGCCCAGCAGUUCGGUCGCUUCGGUCAGGCCGGUGCUCAAGAGGCCGCCGCAGCUCCUCAGAAGCCUCUGGAUCCUUUCAACCAGCAGAGCACCCCUUCUUCUCAGCCUCCAUUCGACAACUUCCCCACGCAGACCUCUCAGCCCCAGCAGCCUGGUGGCGCCUUCAGCUCUGCGCCCAGCGACUACGGCUCAUACUACACUGCCAACCAACCCGAUCGCAAUGCUACCUACGCGUAUUACAACCAGCAAUUUGGCCAGCAAGGACAGGGACAGCAGGAUGCCACUGCCUCCCAACAGCGACCUUUUGCCGGCUACGGAGCAUCACAGGCGGAUAACCUCAGCCAGUAUCCUCAGAGCGGCGCGCUGCACAACCAGCCCCGAUUUGGCGGAAGUGCGGCCGAUGCCCAGAACAGCGGCAACAGCACCCCUAACCCUACGACCCAGGCUCAGCAACAGCAGCAGCCUCAGCAGCCUGCUCAACAGCAGCCUGCCCAGGGAUCGCAGCCACAGUCACACGGCCAGCAGUAUCCCGGCUACAACCAUCCCUAUUACAACAGCCCUUAUUACCACCAGUACUACUCUGGAUAUGGUCAGGGCGGAUUCGGCCCCUAUGGAAAGAGUGGCAUGUAUGGACAGCCGUACGGCAUGUCGCCUAAUGCGCCUUAUGACCACACGUCGUCCCCUGCUGGAUUCGGCCAGUCUUCUCUGCACCGCGAUAGCGGCCUGGGUUCUGGUCUUGGUGACUACGGCCGUGUUGCUACCAGCCAGGCUGGCAGCCAGCCCGGUCUCGGAGGAAGCGCAUUUGGUAGUGUCCACGACAGCUUCGGACGCAGCGCCUCUUCGUUCCAGUCUCAGGGACAGUCGUUCAACAGCCAGACACAGCCUGGCAACGCUGGUUCGACUGAUGAGCUGAAGCCGUUUGGCGAGACCAAGACGGCUGCAGGCCCAUCCCCAUCGCUUGGCGGAGCUCGCCCCGGAUCGGCCACCAAUGCCCCGGCCGCUCAGGCCGGUCUCCCCCCGCCCCAGAACUCGCAGAUGGGCGGUUACGGUGCUGGAUACCCCAGCCACCUCCAAGGUCAUGGCCUGCACGGCAGCAACGCGUACGGUAUGGGCGGUAACGCGGGUGCCAGCCAGCAGCAUGGUAACAGCCCCUACGGAUCUUACGGCCAGGGCUUCGGCAGCGGCUACUACGGCGGUGGCCAGCAACAGCAGCAGCAGCAACAGCAGCGCGGCUGGGGUGGUAACUACCACUAG